AUGGGUAGCUUUCAAAGACAAGGAAGAGUAAAAAGUGUGCCUAUUGAAAAUGAUAGUGUUGAUAAUGUGUCCAUUGAUGAUGAAGUUAAUAAUGAUGUUGGUAAUCUUGAGGAAGUUAAUGAUGAUGAUGAUGAUGACGACGAUGUUGAUUAUGAUAUAUUUGAUCCAAGAAAUUGGGAUCGUCUUCAACCUAAAAUGAUUGAUUUACUAGUUAUGAAAGGGCCUGAAAGAGAUAAUUCCAUUGUGAAGGGUACUAGAGAUAAUUGGAAUAGACGCUUUACGGCUAAUUUGUAUUCUAAAUCUUUAGCAAAUGGAGAGAAGGGACAAUUAGCAAAUGAGGGUAAUAGUGAUUGGUCACAUGUUGGUGCAAGAAUUAAAGAGCACGAGUUAGGCAUGGAACAUGUUAAGAAUAUGACCGUAUGA